GCGACCCCGAGCCAAGAAGAUCCCACCCAGUUGCAACUUGCAAAUCGAGCGCUGUACAGCGGCAGGUCUCAAAGUGCCGUUUCAUCUCCUCUAAUAGGGCCGUUUCAUCUCCUAAAAAGGGCCGUUUCAUCUCCUCUCAGGAGCCCGCGCCAUGCGCCGCUUCAGUGUGCAUCACUGAAUCCGCGCCGGGUGCUGCCUUUGUGCGUACCACUAGCGAGUCAGAAGAACCAUUCUGUACCGAUCUUGCUCCUCCGCGAGCGAGUCAACAAGCACUCGAGUCAACGCACCGGGAUAGUAGCAUCGCGGGGGCUCGCACACGAACCCCGGGUUCCUCCUGUUGCCAGCGCCCGGCGGUAGCAUCGCGACACGAAUCCCGGGUGACUUUUAAGUCGACUCAAAAAGUCACCUCGGUAGCAUCGCGACACGACGAAUCCCGGGCUCCUCAUGUUGCCAGCUGCGCAUGGCGGCAGCAGCGCAACAGCAGUGCUGUGAGGCGGGUCGCGCGAAACAGCUCCUAGCAGCAGCACAGUUGGGGUGGGGGGGAGGUGGAGGGGAAGGGGGGGAGCAGAAGCAGGCGGGAGGAGAUGCGGGAACGAAUAUUAGGAGACGGAGAGGUUAGGAGGAGAAGCUGCUAGGAGGAGGUGGUGGCGAUUGAGGGGUUAAAACAGAAAACAGCUCCUAGGCGUUGCCAGGAGAGGUUACCGCCAGAACGGACAAUGCCUAGUAGAGGCUACCGCCAGAACUGUUCAGCCCUACAACUGCCCCGCUCCACAGCGCGGCAAGGGGAGUGGCUUAGCUAUACUCUGUACUUAAUCCCUUCUGCUACACUCAGUCCGUUGAAAGCCCCGUCCGCGCUGGAGUUUCCCUGCGCCUGAUAGGCUAUAAGUCUGAGGUUGACUCUCAGCUGCACAGCUGGGCCCGUUUCAGUUCGUUUUCAAUCGGCGCUCAGAGUGUUUUUGAGAAUUCUCAAAAACACCCUGCAAAAUCAAGGUUGACUCUGAGCUGCACAGCUGGGCCCGUUUCAGUUCGUUUUCAGCCGGCGCUCAGUUGAAUCCGAGUCUGAGCUGGACAGUCGGUUCCAAGUCCAGUACUUUUAUGUGCUCUCUGGGACGUGGAUUUCUCCAUUACUAUUAGUGACUGGUUUUUAAGGGCCCCCCGUGUCAAGGAAUUAAGUUAAUAAGUUUGUUAUUUAUCUAAAAGCAUGGCGUCACCUGGGUGCCGCCGUAGGUUAAUAUCCGCCAUGCUGCCGUCCCCUCUCCUCCUCCUGCUGCUGCUCUCCCUCACCCUCUCCGCCCUUUCCGCUGCUGGUGCUGCUGGUGCAGCUGGCGCCGCUGCCGCUGCUGGCGCUGGCGGUGCUGUGCCCAUCCGCCUCACCAACGGUCUCGAUUUCAUCUCCAGCUCCGCAAUCCGCGGCGGCAAAGGUGGACGGCUCUCAAGCAGCCACGUGGCAAGGCGCCACAGGGCGCUGCAGGAUCAGCCCGGAUCGGGCCCGGACCCAUCAGCAGCAGCAGCAGGGACAGCAGGGGCAGCAGGGGCACCCCCUCCGCCUCACAAGGACAUGGGGUUGUUUGUGGAGGAAAUAGUCAACGGCACCAUCACCCCUGACACUAACGUCACGGGCCUUCCCUUUCCCGCCAACUCCUCUACUCUCCAGAAUUACGUCACGACCAGCGCAAAUAAAACGAAACCCGGCGCGACACCUGAUGACACCGGGACGGACGUCAAUGGUAACCCAGUGAAGCCCGGAGAGGCAGCUUUCCAGCGGAUCGUGCCGCCAUCCCCGCCGUUCCCCUCACCGCCCCCGCCGGUCGUGGCUUUCAUGCAGGGAACGUACAUCAACUGCGGCAGUAACGAGUCGCUUGCCAACCCGCUCUACACCUGGGCGGCCGAUACUUUUUCGGGCAGCUUCGGGCGUAGUUUCAAGGCGCGGGUGCUGAAAACGAGCAUGAAUGGGACUGAGCCGGCGGGCAGGAUGGGGUAUGGGAAGGUGGAGUUCACUGAGACUGGGCUCAUGAAGACGCCGCCUGGGGUGGAUGCGCGCGUGUUUGAGACGGUGCGGUACUUCGAUGAGGCGGGGCGGAAUGUGUCGACAUACUCCGUGCCGGUCCCUGGGCCCCCUGCCAACGUGUUCCUCCGUCUCUACUUUGCCGAGAUUGUGUACACGUCAGCCAGGCUCCGCCGCUUCCACGUGGCGGUGGAGGGCACGCGAGUGCUGACCAACUACAGCGUGCCACGUGGCAGCGUGCGAGUGGAGGAGUUCAUCGUGCCGGUGCUGGACGGCGCUGUGGACAUCGCUUUCAUCCGGGGGGAGGUCGGCGAGCCCAUGAUCAGUGCUAUUGCAGUCGUGCCGCUGACAGCUGGCAUGUACAACCUCUCCGCGCCCACUGCUUCCUCGCGCAUCAUGGCCACGGACUACCGCUUUGGCUGCGGGCUCUUCCUGCCCAUCUCGGACCUCACCCAGCGCAUCUGGAACCUGCUUCCGCAGUCCCUCUACACGCCCACGGACCCCGGGUCCCGGCGCUACAACAACACCCACGUGGCUCCCGCACAGUGGCCGCAGACGGUUGACAACGCGGACAAGCCCCCUUUCAUGUACCCUCUUGACUUGACCACGGCUGGUCUGCAAUCUGUGGAGUAUUCCAGCUACGCCGGGUACAACGGCAACACCUUCAUCAACUUCUCCCUGCCCGUUGAUCCCAACACUGCGUACCGCAUUGACUUUGGCUUCGAGGAGCUCUGGUACUACUACACCGCCCGUCUGCUGGACUUCUACGUGGACGGCACUCUGCUGUUCAAGGAGCUGGACCUCGCCAGUGUGGCUGGUGUUGGCGUGCCCUACUCCAUCACGCUCAAUGUCGUGUCGGGCCCCUCCGGCUACCUCAACAUCUUCUUAAACACCUCCACCAACUCCCUGCACAACAACGUGUUCAUCAGCACCCUCGAGGUCUUCCGCCAGCUCCCCACCGACCUCGCCAACCAGGCUGUUCUCCGCGCCGCCGCCCUGCCCUCCCCUCCUCCUGCGCCCUUCAUGGCUGUUGACACCACUCCCGCUCCCACCGCCCCCUCGUCGUCCUCCGCUGCUUCCCUUGGCAUCGGCAUUGCAGUGGGGAUGGUGAUCAUUCUGCUCCUCCUCGCGGCUCUCACCGCCUUUGUCGUCAUGAGGGCACGCCGCCGCCAGAGGCAGGUCCAAGCAGCACAGGAAGCAGCAGCGGCAGAGGCGGGCUACAACGGCGGCUCCUCCAAGUCCCAUGGUGGCGCUUCUGGCGCUCCUGGCGGGGGUGCUUUCUCGGACAGUGCCCUCCUUGCGCUCAUCUCUGGGAAAUUCGGCGCCACUGGAGAAGACGAGAAGCACAAGGCGUUCAAGAACCUUGACGCCGAAGCAACAGCCCGAACCGGCCUGUUCGGCGCGCGCAUCUUCACUCUCUCAGAGCUCCGCCGAGCCACCGACGAUUUCGCCUCGGGCAACCUGAUCGGUCAGGGCGGGUUCGGCAAGGUCUACCGAGCCACGCUCGGAGGCUCGGGAGGUGACGGUGCCGAACCGGCCGUGCCUGGGUUUGAGGUUGCGGUGAAGAGGCUGGGGGCGGGGUCCCAGCAGGGGGCUUCGGAGUUUCUAACGGAGGUGCGGCUGCUGAGCCGGCUGCACCACAAGAACCUGGUGAACCUCAUUGGGUACUGCGACGAGGACUCCAACCAGCUGAUUCUCGUGUAUGAAUACGCGCCCAACGGCACCCUCAAGGACUACCUCCGAGAUGUGGUGAGGGUGAAGUCUCUCUCGUGGGACCGCCGUCUGCGCAUCGCCAUCACUGCUGCUAGGGGCCUGGAGUACCUUCACAACGGGGCCUCUCCCUCCGUCAUUCACCGUGACAUCAAGACGUCCAACAUUCUGCUCGACUAUUCCUUCAACGCUAAAGUGGCUGACUUCGGCCUCUCCAAGCUCGGCAAGAAGGCUGCUGGCAGCACGGGCGUGGGCAUGGAGGAGAAGACCGACAAGAGCCACAUCAGCACCCGCGUCAAGGGCACUCUUGGCUACCUGGACCCCAUGUACUACACCAAGCAGCACCUCACGGACAAGAGCGACGUGUUCAGCUUCGGAGUGGUGCUGCUGGAGCUGAUCACCGGGAGGCUGCCCAUCUGGCAGGAGGACGACUCGUCUGGACUGCAGAGCAGCGGAGAGAGCCUCAUCAACCUGGUGGAGUGGACGGAGCCGUUCCUCAAGUCGGGGCAGAUCCGCCCCAUAGUGGCGCCCACCCUCGACUCAGACCGCCACAUGCAGAGCCUCAUGAAGGUGGCUGACCUCGCGUACCGCUGCGUGCGCACACAGCCCAAGAGCCGUCCCAGCAUGGCAGAGGUGGCCCGCAUCCUUGCUGAGGCCAAGUCCCUUCUUGACGCCGAGGGCGCUGCUCCCGGCUCCGCUGCUCUCCCGCUCCCCACCCCUGCUGCGGCUGCCUCUUCUGCUUCUACUCCCUCUGCUGCUGCUACUGCUGGCGCUGGUUUUGAGCAUUCCCUUCUGGAAUCUUCCCUGAAAGUGGGGGAUACUGGGUCUGCUUUGCUUAUGGAUGAGGCUGGAGCUGCUUUCCUUCCCCAGGCUUCUGUCUCUGCUGCUGCGGCAGCCGCGGCGGCGGCGCCAGGGCCUAAGGGGGAUUAUGAGAAUCCCUUCUCCAUCAGCGUUAUUUCAGAGUAAUUCGCACCACAUUAUGGUGUAUUUAUUCGAUGAUCGGGUGACAGAUGGUGUUUUCUGUAUGGUUAUGUUCAUAAAAACUGCAGUGGCUAAGGAGAAGAUUGGGCGGAGCGAAGGUUUCAUUGGGGUUGCUGCAGGUUAAUUGAAAGUAUGGAUGCCCAUGUAUGAAAUGACUACUUCUAUUUCAAUCAUGAAUGCGUUCGAAUAUAUCGGUUUUCUUUUUAAGCUGUAUGGCUUAUCACACUAUUGCCUCCGCGACUCACGCUACCAAUAAUGCCGCAUUGUGGCG